GCAGGAGCAGCAGGCUGUAUAGGAAAAGCUGCAGUAGGAUGACUUAGCCAGGCAGGCUGAUUGCUAGCUGAAAGAAGGAGCAGACACGCUUGGGUUAAGUGGCAUAUAUUUCCCACUGUCACCUAUGUAUCCCACAAAAAAGACCUCAGCCUCUUCCUUCUUCCUAUUCGGAUUUAGGAUUCGCAAGCAGUAAAUUCGGCUUUUAGUCAUAACACCUCUCUCCCACCACCCACCCACCCCUUUCCUUGCAUUUUCACUCUGAGUCAUCUCCAACACCGGUGCCUGCCUACUGCUCCCUUCCAGGGUUUCACGGCCUCAUCUGGGGCUUCAGCAGCUUCCAGCUCACCCUCCCUUCUCUCUCUUCCUCCCUCCCUGCCAUUUGGCUGCUUCCAAAUGUAUCCCACUUCAGUGAGUUGGUCUGGAGUGCCAGCGCACCCACAGCUUCGCCUCCUUCCCUACUAGCCAUAGUAGCGUGCCGAUAAAUAGCAUCCAAGGACCGGCAAAGGAGUACAGGGUGUAGCUAAACAUGACAUUACAUUCCUCCCUCUUUUUAAAGAGCUUCUUUAUCUGGACACGUCAGGCUAAUCAGGAGUUUUUUAUCAAGCUAAAAGACCGGGCUGUUGACACUUUUCCUCCUUCCACUGAGGGCAGUUCAGGAUUGCUGGCAGCGAGCACUCGCUUGGAGCACGCAGGGUCAAUGCAGAGAGAGCGAGAGGUACCGCUGCAGUGGGAAGACCUUCCAGUUUCCUCCAGCCCUGUGGUUUUGAGACAGGACUGCGUGCUGCUGGUGCUGUGGAGAGCUGGCAGGCACAGGCUUCCGGCAGGCAACAGGUUAUCCAGAGCUGUGUGCUGAGAGAUGGAGGCGCUCGGUGCUCGCCUGCGCCCCUCCAGCCUCCAGCCCAGCCUAAAAUCAGGUGCUGAUGUCCUUUUUCACAGCCGAGAAAAAGCAAAUGAGCAAAGGUGUGUGAGUGUGUGUGUGUGUGUGUGUGUACAGAAAAGGAAGAGGGGGCUAGCAAACAUGGAUUCAACAUUUUCCUCUCCCCAGUGGCUGUGCAGAGGAAUGAAAGGUCUGCGUCAAGCUGAGGUGGAAGGGUUGCAGGUCACCGUGCCUGAGAAGAAGAAGGUGGCCAUGUUAUUUCAGCCUGCUCUGCUUCGCUGCCAUUUCUCUACUUCUUCCACCCAACCAGCUGUGGUACAGUGGAGGUACAAAUCCUACUGCCAGGACCGGAUGGGAGAAGCUCUGGGUAUGGUGACUUCUGGUUUGCAAACAAUGAGCAAGAGGAACCUGGACUGGGAUCCCUACCUGGACUGUGUGGACAGCAGGAGGACAGUGCGUGUCGUGGCCUCCAAACAGGGAUCUGCCAUCACCAUAGGAGAGUUCUAUAAGGAAAGAGACGUCAGCAUUGUCCAUGAUGCAGACCUGCAGAUUGGGAAGUUGAUGUGGGGAGACAGUGGCCUCUAUUACUGCCUUAUUAUCACACCAGAUGAUGUGGAGGGCAAGAAUGAAGAAUCAGUGGAGCUGCUUGUGCUUGGCAGGACAGGGCUGCUUGCUGAUCUCUUGCCCAGUUUUGCUGUGGAGAUUAUGCCAGAGUGGGUCUUUGUGGGCCUGGUGAUCCUGGGAGCGUUCCUGUUCUUCCUCCUGGUGGGAAUCUGCUGGUGCCAGUGCUGCCCGCACAGCUGCUGCUGUUACGUCCGCUGCCCCUGCUGUCCUGAGUCCUGCUGCUGUCCCCGGGCGCUGUAUGUAGCAGGCAAAGCAGCAAAAGCUGGGUACCCCCCUGCAGUCUCUGCCAUGCCAGGUCCAUACUACAUCCCCAGUGUUCCUGUAGCUGGUGUCCCAUCUCCUGCUGUGCUGAUGGAUAAGUCACACCCUCCUCCCUUAGCCCCAAGUGAGGCCAGCGGAGGGAGCCAAAAUGUGCGCAAAGGGUACAGGAUCCAGGCUGACAAGGACAGGGACUCCAUGAAGGUGCUGUACUAUGUGGAGAAAGAAUUGGCUCAAUUUGACCCGGCUAGAAGGAUGCGAGAACGAUAUAACAACACUGUCUCUGAGCUGAGCUCGCUGCACGAGGAGGACCUGAACUUCCGCCAGCCCUACCGGCAGGCGCGGAGGAAACCUCUGCCCCCCGCGGGGGACAUGGACGGCGAUGCCGAGUACUGGGCAGGAGUCGUGGGCGGGGGCAGCGCCUCCAGAUCACAGGCUGUGUCUGAGUACAGGGAUGAGCGCGACAGCUACUGGCACAGCCAGCAGAGAUCCAAGUCGGAGAUGCUGUCCCGUAAGAGUUUCUCCGUGGGAGUGCCGGCCGUGUCCAUGGACGAGCUGGCGGCCUUUGCCGAGUCCUACAGCCAGCGGCCGCGGCGGGCGGACAGCCAGGAAAUGCGGCGCUUCGAGCGCUCCGAGUCGCACGGCGGGCGCGGCGGGGGGCUGCCCCACCAGGACAGCUCCAUGGAGGAAUACUACACCAAGCGCUGCAGGGGCAACCGGGAGCCGCUGACGGACUCGGAUCGGGGCUGGUCCUACAGCCCGCCCCGGAGACGGGCCCACGAGGAGAAGCACUUCCCCAGGCUGGUGAGCCGGACGCCCGGAGGGAGCCAGAAAUACGAUCACUCCUACCUCAGCAGCGUCUUGGAGAGGAAAUCCCGGAGCUACGACGAGAGUGGUGACCAUUGUGCAACCCCCUCGAAGCUGAGCUCGCAGCCCAGCCAGAGAGGAGGGAGCACCUACUAUGCCUGGUCACCGCCCUCCACCUACAAAGCCGAGAAGUCGCAGCCGCAGCAGUCGUCGUCCCCCGAGCAGGACGAGGAGGACGAGGAGGAGGACAGCCUGCCCCCCUACAGCGAGAGGGAGCUGAGCCGAGGCCCUUCCUACAGGGCCAGGGAACAGGCCUACCUCAAUGCCUCUGACAAGAAGAGGAAAAAGGACCCCAAGAAAACAAAUGAUUUCCCAACAAGGAUGUCCCUUGUGGUUUGAAGUUGUGGACCUGUCAUGUUGAUGGGCUGGAUAUCAUGAGGUGACUGCAGUGGAGAAGAUGCAGAACAACAAGCUAAACAUGCCUCUGUGAACCUUUGCAGCCAUCAGCCAUGGACUGUUUCAAUUUUUUGCUUCAUCCAGGGGAGCUGAGGCUUUUGUAAGAGACCAACUCCCAUGGACAGCACUCGAUCUCAGAGGCUCUGGGAGUCUGCCCAGAAAAUGAGGCUAGGGGUCUCUUUGGCACCCUGUUUUCCAGUGCCCUCCAUUCUGCACUGGACAGCAGCCAUGUCCCUACUGCCCCUGCAGCCCUCCCUGCAGCCCUGAACUACAAGUGAGGCUGCCUUUGUGCCUCUUGCUCUGUCCCACGUGCAGAGGGAGGCGUGUGUGCCUCUUGCUCUCUCUGUCUCAGUUCUCUGUUUGGAUCAAAAUUGUCUCCAUACUUAAAGCCUUUUCUGUAUCAUUCCCGUGCUGGGAGGAGGCCUUGUUCUUACAACUGCAGACUGCCUUCAGCUGAUCAGGCCCUAAAUCACGAAAGAAAAUCCACAUUCUUUCAGACACUGUAAGAAAAUGACUGAUGAGAUGUUACCUUGAUAAGGGCUGAAUGGGGAAAGGGACAAUUAUGAGCUGAUUUGUUCAAUAUA